UUGAGUCUCUUUGCAGCUGCACAGCGAAUUGCCUUUAUUGCAACAGUCAGAAUAGCUGGGACGCUAAGGAAUAGGGAGAGCGUAGCGUAAGGAAAGAGGAGAGAGCGAGGGGAACGUAAGAGAUACUUACACAGAUAUACCCUUGUCUGAGUGAGCCCAUUGAAUUUACCUUGUAGUAUUUUUUUAUUACUAGGGACCUGGAGUGCACGACAAACAAAUAAACGAUCAUCAUGGAGCAAUAUGACAGCGAGGACGGCGUGUACAUGCAACAGCAGGACGAUUGGGAUAGGGAUAUGCUCUUGGAUCCUGCAUGGGAGAAACAGCAGAGGAAGACAUUCACAGCCUGGUGUAACUCUCACCUGAGGAAAGCUGGGACUCAGAUCGAGAAUAUUGAGGAGGACUUCAGGGAUGGCCUCAAACUCAUGCUUCUGCUGGAGGUCAUAUCAGGCGAGCGCCUGGCCAAGCCAGAGCGAGGGAAGAUGCGGGUUCACAAGAUCUCCAAUGUGAACAAGGCCCUGGACUACAUCGCCAGUAAAGGGGUGAGGCUGGUGUCCAUCGGGGCUGAAGAGAUCGUGGAUGGCAAUGCGAAGAUGACCCUGGGAAUGAUCUGGACCAUCAUCCUCCGCUUCGCUAUUCAGGAUAUCUCUGUCGAGGAGACCUCAGCCAAAGAAGGCCUGCUGCUGUGGUGCCAGCGAAAGACAGCACCCUACAAGAAUGUCAACAUACAGAACUUCCAUAUAAGCUGGAAGGAUGGACUGGGAUUCUGCGCUCUCAUUCACAGACACCGCCCAGAACUCCUAGACUAUGGCAAACUGCGCAAGGAUGACCCCUUGACCAACUUGAACACAGCCUUCGAUGUUGCUGAGAAGUACCUGGACAUUCCUAAGAUGUUGGACGCUGAGGACAUCGUUGGCACGGCCCGCCCAGAUGAGAAGGCCAUCAUGACCUACGUCUCCAGCUUCUACCACGCCUUCUCUGGUGCCCAGAAGGCAGAGACGGCAGCUAAUCGGAUCUGCAAGGUGCUGGCUGUCAACCAGGAGAACGAGCAGCUUAUGGAGCACUAUGAGAAGCUGGCCAGUGAUCUGCUGGAGUGGAUCCGCCGCACUGUUCCCUGGCUGGAGAACCGCGCCCCGGAGAACACCAUGCAGGCCAUGCAGCAGAAACUAGAGGACUUCCGAGACUACCGGCGCAUGCACAAGCCCCCCAAGGUGCAGGAGAAGUGCCAGCUGGAGAUCAACUUCAACACCCUGCAGACCAAGCUGAGGCUGAGCAACCGGCCCGCCUUCAUGCCCUCUGAGGGGAGAAUGGUCUCGGACAUCAACAAUGCGUGGGGAGGGCUGGAGCAUGCGGAGAAGGGCUACGAGGAGUGGCUUCUGAACGAGAUCCGCAGACUCGAGAGACUUGACCACCUGGCUGAGAAAUUCAGACAGAAAGCUGCCAUCCACGAGGCCUGGACUGCGGGCAAGGAGGAGAUGCUGCAAGAGAAGGACUUUGAGACUGCUUCCCUGUCAGAGAUCAAAGCCCUGCUGAAGAAACACGAGGCCUUCGAGAGCGACCUGGCAGCGCACCAGGACAGAGUGGAGCAGAUUGCAGCCAUCGCCCAGGAGCUCAAUGAGCUGGAUUACUAUGACUCCCCUGGUGUGAACGCACGGUGCCAGGGCAUCUGUGACCAGUGGGACUCCCUGGGAGCGUUAACACAGAAACGCAGUGAGGCCCUGGAGAGAACAGAGAAGCUGCUUGAGACCAUAGACCAGCUGUACCUGGAGUUCGCCAAGAGGGCAGCGCCCUUCAACAACUGGAUGGAGGGGGCGAUGGAGGACCUGCAGGACACCUUCAUUGUCCACACCAUUGAGGAGAUCCAGGGGCUGAGCACAGCUCACGAGCAGUUCAAGGCCACCCUCCCCGAGGCAGACAAGGAGCGACAAGCCAUCCUGGGCAUCCACAACGAGAUCACCAAGAUUGUGCAAACCUACCACGUGAACAGGGUCGGCACCAACCCCUACACCACCAUCAACCCCCAGGAGAUCAACAGCAAGUGGGACAAGGUCAGGCAGCUGGUACCCCAGAGAGACCAGGCCCUGAUGGAGGAGCAUACCAGGCAGCAGAACAACGAGCGCCUCCGGAAACAGUUUGCAGGCCAGGCCAACAUCAUCGGACCUUGGAUACAGACCAUCUACCAGGAAAUUGGCCGCAUUUCCAUUGAGAUGCAUGGCACCCUGGAGGACCAGCUGACUCACCUGCGACAGUACGAGAAGAGCAUCGUCAACUACAAGCCAAAGAUUGAGCAGCUGGAGGUGGACCACCAGCUUAUCCAGGAGGAGCUCAUCUUCGACAACAAGCACACCAACUACACCAUGGAGCACAUCCGUGUGGGCUGGGAGCAGCUCCUCACCACCAUCGCCAGGACCAUCAACGAGAUUGAGAACCAGGUCCUGACCAGAGACGCCAAGGGCAUCAGCCAGGACCAGAUGAACGAGUUCCGAGCCUCUUUCAAUCACUUCGACAGGGAUCAUUCCGGGAAGAUGGGGGCUGAAGAGUUCAAAGCCUGCCUCAUCAGCCUGGGCUUCGAUAUCGCCAACGACGCACAGGGAGAGACUGAGUUUUCACGCAUCAUGAGCAUCGUGGACCCGAACCGGCUUGGCGUGGUCACAUUCCAGGCCUUCAUCGACUUCAUGUCCCGGGAGACAGCUGACACCGAUACAGCAGACCAGGUCACGGCCUCCUUUAAAGUGCUGGCGGGAGACAAGAACUACAUCCUGGCUGACGAGCUUCGUCGUGAGCUGCCUCCGAACCAGGCUGAGUACUGCAUCGCCCGCAUGGCUCCGUACUGUGGUCCUGACGCUGUGCCCGGAGCCCUGGACUACAUGUCCUUCUCCACUGCACUAUACGGAGAAAGUGACCUUUAAACCCUGAACCCCCGCAAAGCCAGCACCUGUUUUUGUACGCAACCAGCCUCCUUCCUCUGCGCCUCCUGUCUGUCAGCUCUGUCAUUGCUGGCUUUGCAUACAGGAACCCCCUACCAGGCAGCCUGUUAGCCCUAUUUACAAAAAGGGCAAUUAUUUUUUUGUUUGUUUUCUUCAUUAAAAAAAAUAAAUAAAAAAAUUACAUAUUUUAUUAUACAGAACAAAAGGUAUUUUUCUCCACCCAAUUUAAAGAAAGAAAAAUAAAGAAAAAAUUGCACCAAA